AUGGUGUGGAGACCUGACUCUGACGAUUUCACCUUUGAACCUUCUUUAAAGCCGGAAAUUUUGAAGUUGAUUGUAGAUCGAACAAUUCCGACGAAACGUCAGGUGCUACGAACAGUGAUGUCGCUGUUUGAUCCCCUUGGACUGAUAGCACAUUUCGUGGCUCAAGGGAAAAUUCUUACGCAAGACAUUUGGAGAUCGGGUACAGACUGGGAUGAACAAAUUACCGAGCAUCUAUGGGAGAAAUGGUCUAGGUGGAGUCAACUCAUUUUAGAGUUAGAUGCAGUAAUGAUUCCAAGGUGUUUCUUCAGAGGUGCUAAUAGUGGAGCUCUCAACAGCGUUCAACUGCAUGUGUUCGUCGACGCUAGUGAAGAAGCAUACGCAUGCGUAGCAUACCUACGAAUUGUCGAUGGUGGCAUAAUAAGAUGUGCACUUGUAGCGGCGAAGUCAAAGGUGGCCCCGCUUAAGCCUCCUUCCAUUCCACGAUUGGAGCUGCAGGCCGCGAUGAUAGGUAGUCGUUUGGCAGACAGUAUCUGCAAACACAUAAGUCUCCCCAUCAGUCAACGCUUUCUCUGGCUUGAUUCCGCAACGGUGUUGGCCUGGCUGCGUUCGGAUAGUCGACGUUACCACCCGUUCGUGGCAUUUCGAGUAGGGGAGAUCCUAAGUCUAACCACCGUUGAUGAAUGGCACCAUCUGAAGUCCAAGCACAACGUGGCAGAUGAAGCAACCAAGUGGGGAUCUGGUCCUAGCUUCGAUCCAGAAGGGCGAUGGUUUCAGGGACCACUAUUUCUGAGUAAAUCAGUUGAAAGCUGGCCAGUGAGCAAAGGAGAGAUACCUCCAGCUACAGAAGAGCUCCGGGCUGUUUAUACCCACCAUCAUUCGACGUUCCAACCACUUAUCGAGGUGAAGCGUUUCUCUAAGUGGCACCGACUACUACGCUCCACCGCGUACGUACUAAGAGCAAUCAAAAGGCUCAAAAAGCAGCAGCUUCGUCCUUGGAUAUCAUGCGAUGAGUAUCGUGAAGCGGAAAACCUGCUUUGGCGUCAGGUACAAAUAGAGUGCUAUGCGGAUGAAUAUACAUCACUGCACUAUAAUCAGCAAAACCCCUUGGCGAAUCAAAUGAAACCGUACAAGUGCAGUCAACUGUACCAGCUAACACCGUACAUAGACGAUGUAGGAGUUAUGAGAAUGAACAGCCGAAUAUGGGCUGCACCAAACGCCCCAUUCCAAGCUAAGUAUCCAAUCAUUCUUCCAAACAAUCACCAUCUAACGUCCCUCCUCGUUAACAGCUACCACUGCCGCUUCCUACAUGCGAAUAACGAAACUGUACUCAAUGAGAUGCGACAGCGUUUUCGUAUACCAUCUCUACGAAACUUGAUCAGACGAGUCUCCAAGGAAUGUCCAUGGUGUCGAGUCAACAAGGCGGCCCCACGGCCCCCGAUCAUGGCACCGCUUCCAACAGUGCGUCUAACAUCAUUCGUCCGUCCAUUUACACAUUCAGGAGUUGAUUACUUCGGGCCAAUCUUGGUGAAGCAAGGUCGCAGUCUUGUCAAGCGCUGGGUAGCAUUAUUCACCUGCCUUUCCAUAAGAGCGAUUCACUUGGAAAUAGUGCAUAGUCUCACAACUCAAUCGUGCGUGAUGGCUAUCCGACGAUUUAUAGCGCGCCGAGGAGCACCAGAAACCUUUUAUUCCGACAAUGGCACCAAUUUUACGGAGCGAACAACCUAUUGA